GGGUGGCUCAGUCGGUUAAGCGUCCAACUUCAGCUCAGGUCAUGAUCUCACUGUUCGUGAGUUCGAGCCCCGUGUUGGGCUCUGUGCUGACACCUAGCUCAGAGCUGGGAGCCUGUCUUCAGAUUCUGUGUCUCCCUCUCUUUUUGUCCCUCUCCAGCUUGCUCGCCGGCGCACUCUCUCAAAAUAAACAUUAAAAAAUUUUUUUAAAAAGAAUUGGUAAUAAAAAAUUAUCUUCUUCUGAGCAAAGCUUGAUUUUAUAUCAGAAAUGGAUAGAAUCCUUGAUUAUGAUACUUUUUCUCUUGUUCAUUUAAUAUUGAAAAGACAGGAAAAAAAAGCAAAGUUCCAGGAAUUUAUGGCCAUAGUAUAUGGCCAUAUGUGUGUCAAAUUUUCCUGGUGAUCAGUAGUACUGAGUUAGCUGGUGAAUCAUUUGGGUCUUUUGUGGCUUAUAUAUUAACAAAAUAAGCAAUUGUGGCAGAUAUGUUGGGAGAUGUUAUAAUAAUGGAAACUGUGUCUUUAUUGAGUUUGUUUAUAUUGGAAGACAGGAAAAGAGGAGGUUUUUAGUGUCUACUAUGUGCUAGUCCGUAUACUAGGAGCACUGUAUAUGUAUCAUGUCAUUUAAUCCACACAAUCUAAGAAAUAGAGCUCUGUUUUCCAGAUGAGGAGAUUGAGGCUUCCAAGUCACACUCUUGGAAGUGCUGGCACACAAAUUUGAACACAUGCCUCCAAAAUUAAUACUGAGUAUAUCGUUUCUACUCCCCAUGUUCUUUCAUUUACAACAAAAUUAAACAAGUUGGUUCUUAGGAAAUCUCCAUAUUUUGUAAAAGAGUAAUUAGGUGGUAAUUAUUUGUAUCACAAAAUAAUAAUUGUGUGCCACAGAGUUUCUUUCAGUAGAGAUUUCCAGAAAUUCUUACCUAUUGGACUUACAGUUGACCCUUGAACAAGGCAGGAGUUAGGGGCACUGACCCCUAUGUAGUGGAAAAAUCCGAACAUAACUUUUGACUCCUCAAAAACUUAGCUACUCUCAGCCUACUGUUGCCUAGAAGCCUUGCCAAUAACAUAAACAGUUGAUUAACACAUAUUUUGUAUACGUAUUAUAUACGUGUUCUUAUAAUACAGUGAGCUAGAGAAAAGAAAAUGUUACCAAGAAAAUCAUAAGGAAGAGAAGAUACAUUUUUAGUAGUAUAUUGUAUUUAUUGAAAAAAAUCCACAUGUAAGUGGACCCAUGCAGUUCAAACCCAUGCUGUUCAAGGGUCAACUGUAUAUGAAUACAGAGAAACUUAAAGCUAAGACUAACAUAAGAUACUACCAGUAGGAGGACUGGCAGAAAUCAAAGAUCAGUUGUUUAUUCAUUCAACAUCCAUUAGUUAAGUCCUUGCUUAAAAAGUACAUAAUAGAUGCUGGGAAUCUAAUAAUGAGCAAAACCAGAAGUAGUCUCUACCUUUCUGCAGUUUAUAGUGAGGAAGACAUUACUUAUUUAUGUAAAAUUACAGCAGUGAGAAGUAUUACAAAGGAAAGGUACUUAGUGCUAUAAGAGUGUGUAAUAGGAAUGCCUGACCUCAUCAGAGCUCCCCCAAAAAAGUGUUCCUUGAGAAAGAAGUCCAAAGAAUGACUCGAAUAUGCAUAGUUUGGAGGAAGGUACCAGGUAAAGUGAACUAUGUAUAUGUUUAAAGGGCCUGUGGCAGGAAGGUAACAUGGUAGGUUUGAGGAGUUGAAAGAAAGCCAUUGUCCGAACACAGUGUAAGAAAGCAUGAUACAAGAGGAAUUGGAGAGGUAAGCACGGACUAUACCAUCCUCCCUGGUUUGGUGGUUUGGAUUUUUGUCAUUAAGGACAAUGAGAAGCCAGAGAAAGAUCUUAAGUGAGAGGAUAAUAUGAUCAGAUCUGAUUUGUGAAAAGCUCACAGAGAGAAAAUGGAUCACAGGGUGGGAAAGAAUUCAGGGAAGACAAAUAAGACACUAUUAAAAGUAAUGGUGGGGGGCUCCUAGGUGGCUCAGUCGGUUGAGUGUCCAACUCUUGGUGUCGGCUCAGAUCAUGAUCUCAUGGUCAUGGAAUCAAGCCCCACACAUCAGCUCCAUGCAUGGUGGGUGUGGAGCCUGCUUGAGAUUCUCUCUUUCCCUCUUUCUGCCCCUCCUCUUGCACACACACUCUCUCAAAAUAAACUUAAAAAGGGGGGGGGGGACAGGUCUGCCUUAGAAAGUAAAUGUUUCAUUGAGUUUCUUCCUUUCAUCACCAUUGCAGUUGCCUAAUUUAAAUGAGUAUCAUUUUGGCAUAUACCUAUAUGCACGGUUCCAGAACCCUAGGUCAUGGGAUGGUCUGGUAGAACACCAGAGGGACAGAUAAGUUCUUAUGGAGGUUUAGAAUUCAGCCAAGUACUGUGCUAGAUUUAUCUCAAAGGUAGUGUUUUUUGUACUUAUUUUACAGAUGAUUAAAACUGAAGGUCAGAGAAGUGACUUGGAUAUCUUGAUUAGAAAGUGUCAGAGGGUUAGAGUUAGGUUUCAUCGGCCAUGGAUUGAAGCUGGAGGUUAUAUUAAACAGUCAAGAAAUAAUUGAAUCAAAUUAGAUUUGAACACCCUUUAGCCUGUUGUUUUCUGAACGACGUUUUUUUGAGUUCUUCCACCGUGCAAAUGUUGAAGUUCUCUGAGGAAAACACUCGUAGUUUGUCACAUUACCUUUUACGUAUGUCUUUUCUGUGUCAUAGUACAGAGGAGAUGUAGGCCAGAUAGCAGAGAGCCUGUAGCAUGUUUAAAACCUGCUCUUAUAUUCACUCCUUGCCAGUGCCACCUAUUUUUGUUGGAAGGUUCACCUUCUCAAUUGUUUGAUUAAAAAAAAAAUCAAAAGCACAGGGGUGCCUGGCUGGCUCAGUCGGUAGAGCAUGCGGCUCUUGAUCUUGGGGUCAUCGGUUUGAAGACCCAAGUUGGGUAUACAGAUUGCUUAAAUAAAUAAACUUUUAAAAACACAUUAGAAAGCUUUGAUUAGGGAGGAAGACACGAUGAUAAUGUUGAUGGCAUGGCUAAAAUUUGAGUGAUUAUUAGGUAUGUACUAGGAGCCAUUAUGUACUUUAUGUAACAUUAUGUACAUAUUAACCAUUAUGGACUCUUAUGUUUUAAAACAAGAGACUUGAGACAUUGUUACUUGCCCAAGAAGGAACAUGAAGACCUACAAACAAGAGGCUUUGGAACUUGAGUAACUCAAGCCUUUCUUUUAAAGCUAAGGGCCAUGGCCUGAAGGAUUAGAAAGUAUUUUAUUCAUAACAUCUUGAAUUAACAGAUGAGACAGCCUUUUUGGCUUUGGGGAAUCUGCUGAGCAGGGAUAUUUUUAAUUAGAAUAAAUCUUUUUUAGAUCAGUCCUUUUCAAACUUUAAUACGCAUAUAAAUCACCCGGGGAUCUUGUUAAAAAUGCUGAUUCUGAUUUAGUAGGUUUAGGAUUGGGUCUGAGAUUCCACACUUCCAGAAAACUUCCAGAAGAUAUUAGUGUUGUUGCUCCAAGGACCACACUUUGAAUAGCAGUUUUAGAUAGUUCUCAAAGUGGUAGGAAAUGACUGGAUUAAGAACGGUAACGUUAGAGGGAAAAAAUGCUGCCUGUGAUAGUUUAGAUUAUUAAUUUAAAUUAAAUUUAAAUUUGAACUAAAUUUAAAUUCCCACCUUUUUCCUUUCCCUUGUGCCUAGAUGGAAAUGGUCAGAUUAGACAGUCCUGAGACUUUAAAAAAUUUAGACUGUAUAGAAAGUAAGCUUAAACAAGAGGCUCCAGAGACCCCAUGAGAAAAUAGAAAACUACACCCUUGGGCUAAGUAAGUCAUCAACUACUACUAGGACUUUGAAUAUAAAAAAUUAUAAUUAAUAAUACUCAUAGAAAUGUUAGUAAACAUUUGCUUUUUCAUUCAAAUAUUUGAGAUUGUACUAUAGCCAAGGCAUAUUAAUCACUUGUUACAAUGUAAUCUAGCUUUACUGUUACAGUGUUAGCUAGUGGUUUCAUGAGGUCAUCCCACUGUGCUGGUUUUAUUGUAACUAUUAAACUGUUCAACAAAUUAUGAGCUGUAUACAUGGCUAAAAAUAAACACUGUUGUAUCAUGAUCACUUGUAAGAUACCUCAAUUUGUGAGUUGAUGAUUUUUUUAAUCAAUUGGUGACUUUUAUAUCUUGUGAUAGACCAGAAGUUAAAAAGAAACCCAGAAAGAUUAAAAGAAACUCCUAUGGUGUUGUGCUCCUAAAAAUGCUAGGCAAAACAUAAAUAUAUGUAAACACAUAAUUUACAGAUACACAAUUUAUAUAACAGACUUAAAAUUAGUGUUAUAUGAUACACUAAAACUUCAACAACAAAAAAAACCUCUCUGGUUUAAUGCUCUCAAAAAUUCUGGAUAAAAUAGUAAGAAAAGGUAAAUCAUCUAACAGAAAAAUGAAUGACACAUGAAUUGGCAUUUGCCAGAAGACCAAUAAACGUGAAAUAAAUUACUAUUGAACUCAUUUUAAUAUUCAGAGAAAUGCAAAUUAAAGGCACUAGAUAAGCAUUUUACAUCUGUCAGACUGGUAAAAAUAAGAAAUUGGGGGGCACCUGGCUGGCUAUCAUUAGAGCCUGCAACUCGAUGUCAAGGUCAUGAGUUCAAGCCCCACAUAGAGAGAGGGAUAGAGAUUACAAUCAAUCAGUCAAUAAACAAAGAUUUUUUUGAUAGUACAUAGUGUAGACAAAGAUGUGGAAUAAUGAGUAGUCAUAUGUUUUUGGUAGGAGUGUAAAUUAAGCCCACACUUUGAAAAUGAUUUGUAUUACCUAGUAAAGAUGAACCUGUGUAUGAACAUGAACUCAACAACCCCAUAAUUUCAUUCUUAAGUAUAUAUUCCAAUUUGGAGAGAUUCUUAAAUAGGUACCCUAAGAGAUAAAUAUAAGAAUGUUCUUUGCAGCAUUAUUAUAACUGGAAAAAAACGAAAUAGCCCAAAUGUUCAUAUACUGUAAAUAGAUAAAAUGCAUUUUGAUGUAUUUUUACAAUGGAAAUAUUAUUUAUUCUGCAAUCAAAAUGAAUGAAUUCUAGCUACACAGAUUGAGAAUGAAUUUUUUAAAUAUUGGAUUUCAAAGCAAAUUAUAGCAUAAUAUGUACAACAUGAUUGUAUUUAUUUAAAAAUUCAGAAACAGGGAAAAGUGUUGCAUUGCUUAAGGAUGAUACAUACAUACAAAUGUAUAAAAAUUGUAAAGAAAACCUGAAGAUUAACAAAAUUCAGAGUGGUGGUUUCAGAGAGGUUAUGUGACUGAUGAGCACCUGUGGGAGAGGGCUUGAAAUAUAUUGGUAAUAUCUAUUUCUUGAGCUGGAUAGUGAGUACAUGGGUCUAAAUGUUUUCAUUUAUUAUUAAUUAAAAUGUCAUUCUAGCUGUUAUAUACUUUAUAGCUAUGUUUUAUAACUUUAGAAAAAGAAAAAUAUAUUCACCUAGAUUAAAGAUUAGUGCUAUUAUAGUUUGCUCAUUUGUCUCCCAAUAUGCUUCCUUGGGUGGGUGAGAAUAGGGUUGCUUUAAAGGUCAUAGGUGGAGAGGCAUCUGGAUGGCUCUGUCAGUUAAGUGGCUGACUCUUGAUUUCACUUCAGGUCAUGAUCUCAUGAUCUGGGUCAGAGCAUGGAGGCUGCUUGGGAUUCUCUUUCUGUCUCCCUCCCACCCCAUGUCCCCCUCUCCAACUCAUUAGUACGCACACUCAAAUAAAAUUUUUUUUUUAAUUUUUUUUACAUUUUUCUCAUUUUUUUAUUGUUGUAAGAAGUAACCACUUUUUAAAACAAAAUUUGUAUUCAAGUAUUUUGCUUUUAUAUAGAAAACUGAAAUAUAUGGCAAACCUAGCACAGGGGGUGGAAGAGAAGAAUUGAUUAUGUACUUUUACAAGGAUUUGAUACUACAUGUGGCUCUGUAUAACGUUAUUUGCAUUUAAAUUCAGAUCAUUUAAAAAUGUGUAUUGUAAACCCUAGGACAAUCACUAAAAUUUUAAGACUAUUUAUUUAUUUUAAUUUUUAAUAAAAAUUUUUAAAAAUAGGUGGGGAAGUUUUUGUGGAGGAUGACAUUUCAUGCAUAUCGUGAAAAAUUGUUUAAACCACCGUUGUUAGUUUGGAGCAGUGUAGUUUGGUGGGGUGGGCAGACCCAUAAACACAUAACUGUAACAAAAUAUGAGUGCGCCACUAGAAGAGAUAUGUUUACCAAAAAAAAAAAAAAAAGGUUAGGAAUCAGCCAGGAAACCUUCAUGAAGUAGGUGUUAAUUAAGCUGGGUCUGUAGAGAUGAGCAAUUUGUAAAAGGAGGUAUGUGAGGGAGCCUCCAUUCCUCUGUGGGGGAAGAGGAAGUACAAAAAGGCACAGAGGCCUAAAUGUCCAUGGAGAAUUGAGUGAGUAAAUUCAGGUAUGUUAGGAGCCAUACUGUGAAGAGCCUUGUGUAACAUGCCAUGGAGUUUGCACUAUGGACAUUGAGGUUUUGUUUUAUUACUUAAAUUAGUGUCACUGAUUUGAUUACACUAUGUCAGGCUCCGCUAGGCGUUACUUUGAAACUGUAUAUUUGUGUACUUAUGUUCUUUUCCCUCUACUUUCAGGCUGCUAUAUGGCAAGCACUAAACCACUAUGCUUACCGAGAUGCAGUUUUUCUUGCAGAACGACUGUAUGCAGAAGUACACUCAGAGGAAGCCUUGUUUUUAUUGGCAACCUGUUAUUACCGCUCAGGAAAGGCAUAUAAAGCAUAUAGACUCUUGAAAGGACACAGUUGUACUACACCGCAGUGUAAAUACCUGCUUGCAAAAUGUUGUGUUGAUCUCAGCAAGCUUGCAGAAGGGGAACAGAUCUUAUCUGGUGGAGUGUUUAAUAAGCAGAAAAGCCAUGAUGAUAUUGUUACUGAGUUUGGUGAUUCAGCUUGCUUUACUCUUUCAUUGUUGGGACAUGUAUAUUGCAAGACAGAUCGGCUUGCCAAAGGAUCAGAAUGUUACCAAAAGAGCCUUAGUUUAAAUCCUUUCCUCUGGUCCCCCUUUGAAUCAUUAUGUGAAAUAGGUGAAAAGCCAGAUCCUGACCAAACAUUUAAAUUAACAUCUUUACAGAACUUUAGCAACUGUCUGCCCAGCUCUUGCACAACACUAGUAUCUAAUCAUAGUUUAUCUCAUAGACAACCCGAGACCGUUCUUACAGAAACACCCCAGGACACAAUUGAAUUAAACAGACUGAAUUUAGAAUCUUCCAAUUCAAAGUACUCCUUGAAUACAGAUUCCUCAGUGUCUUAUAUUGAUUCAGCUGUAAUUUCACCAGAUACUGUCCCUCUUGGAACAGGAACUUCCAUAUUAUCUAAACAGGUUCAAAAUAAACCAAAAACUGGUCGAAGCUUAUUAGGAGGACCAGCUGCUCUUAGCCCAUUAACCCCAAGUUUUGGGAUUUUGCCAUUAGAAACCCCAAGUCCUGGAGAUGGAUCCUAUUUACAAAACUACACUAAUACAUCUUCUGUAAUUGACGUGCCAUCUACUGGAGCCCCUUCAAAAAAGACUUUUUGUGUUUUACAGUCUGUUGCCAGAAUCGGCCAAACUGGAACAAAGUCUGUCUUCUCACAGAGCGGAAAUAGUCGAGAGGUAACUCCAAUUCUUGUUGCACAAACACAAAGUUCUGGCCCACAAACAAGUACAACACCUCAGGUAUUGAGCCCCACUAUCACAUCUCCCCCAAACGCACUGCCUCGAAGAAGUUCGCGACUCUUUACUAGUGACAGCUCUACAACCAAGGAGAAUAGCAAAAAGUUAAAAAUGAAGUUUCCACCUAAAAUCCCAAACAGAAAAACUAAAAGUAAAACUAACAAAGGAGGAAUAACUCAACCUAACUUAAAUGAUAGCCUGGAAAUUACAAAAUUGGACUCGUCCAUCAUUUCAGAAGGGAAAAUCUCCACAAUCACACCUCAGAUCCAGGCAUUUAAUCUGCAGAAAGCAGCAGCAGAAGGUUUGAUGAGCCUUCUUCGUGAAAUGGGGAAAGGUUAUUUAGCUCUGUGCUCGUACAACUGCAGAGAAGCUAUAUAUAUCUUGAGCCACCUACCUUCUCACCACUACAAUACUGGUUGGGUACUGUGCCAAAUUGGAAGGGCCUAUUUUGAACUUUCAGAGUACAUGCAGGCUGAAAGAAUAUUCUCCGAGGUUAGAAGGAUUGAGAAUUACAGAGUCGAAGGCAUGGAGAUCUACUCUACAACACUUUGGCAUCUUCAGAAAGAUGUUGCUCUUUCAGUUCUUUCAAAAGACUUAACAGACAUGGAUAAAAAUUCACCAGAGGCCUGGUGUGCUGCAGGGAACUGUUUCAGUUUGCAACGGGAACAUGAUAUUGCAAUUAAAUUCUUCCAGAGAGCUAUCCAGGUUGAUCCAAAUUAUGCUUAUGCCUAUACUCUACUAGGGCACGAGUUUGUGUUAACUGAAGAAUUAGACAAAGCAUUAGCUUGUUUUCGAAAUGCUAUCAGAGUCAAUCCGAGACAUUACAAUGCAUGGUAUGGCUUAGGAAUGAUUUAUUACAAGCAAGAAAAAUUCAGCCUUGCAGAAAUGCAUUUCCAGAAAGCACUUGAUAUCAACCCUCAAAGUUCAGUUUUACUUUGCCACAUUGGAGUAGUUCAGCAUGCACUGAAAAAAUCUGAGAAGGCUUUGGAUACCCUAAACAAAGCCAUUGUUAUUGAUCCCAAGAACCCUCUAUGCAAAUUUCACAGAGCCUCAGUUUUAUUUGCAAAUGAAAAAUAUAAGUCUGCUUUACAAGAACUUGAAGAAUUGAAACAAAUUGUUCCCAAAGAAUCCCUCGUUUACUUCUUAAUAGGAAAGGUUUACAAGAAGUUAGGUCAAACGCACCUCGCCCUGAUGAAUUUCUCUUGGGCUAUGGAUUUAGAUCCUAAAGGAGCCAAUAACCAGAUUAAAGAGGCAAUUGACAAGCGCUACCUUCCAGAUGAUGAGGAGCCAAUAACCCAAGAAGAGCAAAUCAUGGGAACAGAUGAAUCCCAGGAGAGCAGCAUGACAGACGCAGACGACACACAACUUCAUGCAGCUGAAAGUGAUGAGUUUUAACUUCCGGAAACCAGACUUUUGCAACUGGAUGUGUGAUUAGUGCUGACAUGUUUCUUGUCCCUCCAUAUACUGAGUCUUCACUCUUGAGCCGGCAGUGUCAUCAUCCAUCACUUAGACAAUGAGUGUGCCACUUUCAUUGGACCCUGACUGUACACAGAAUGAAAGGCAGUGCAAUAUUUAGCUGCUAACAAGACUGGCUCUUUCACCAGUACGAAUGACAAUUUAGGGGGGUAAGAUGGGGAACUUUCUUUUCUUUUCUUUUCUUUUCUUUUUUUUUUCUUUAAUCUCCCUUUGUUGAAAGCUAUCAUGGAAGGAAGAGUUAACGUUUUAUCUUGAAGGAACCGUUAGGUAUGGAAAAUAGUGAUGACCAGAAUUUUUUGGUCGUUUUCCAAAAAUUUGUUUUCAUUUGGUUCUGUUCCUGAUUAACAGAGUGACUGACCUUCAUUUCUAGGUUCUUCAAGAAUGGUGUUAGCAAGUGCCAGAUGGAACAAUAAAAGACAUUGCCUAUAACAGAGUAACUUGAUUGCCAAGGAAUGUAAAUUACCUUAAACUUGCAGUGUCUCCCAUAAACAAAUGUAAUGGGCAUAUUGGGACUCAUGUGUAGGAAUCAAAUAUCCCUCCAUACAGCGUACACUUAUUCUUGGCAAGAAUGCUUUAAUGUCUAACCAAGAAUUUUAAUUUAUUCAUCUUGCUUCAAAGUGUUGAUCAUUGUCUUGGUAUUGCAGACUUUCAAGUUGUUCCCUUACCAUUUUGCCUCUUCUCUUUGAGCUCUGUGGGAUCACCUUAAACAUUCAGAGAUGAUAGAGUGUUUGCCCACUGAAAAGCCAAAACAAGGCCCUUAAUAACCAUUUAUGUUCACCAUAAGAAUCAAAAUGAGAACACUAAAGUGGAGAGACUUAAAAGAGAUCAUGAUAGCAAAGCCUUAAUACAAUCAAAAUUGUACCAUGACCUUGAAUCUAUAUUUGUUCAAGAAAGUAUCCCUUUGACUUUUCUAAGUGUUUAAGCAGGGUGCAAGAAUGUGUAGUUACCUUUGGUUGAGGUCAUUUCCAUUCUUUUCAGCUCUCUGCUUCAAAUUAUUUUCAGUAGUGUGAGUCACAAAACGUUUACCAAGAGUGAUUGGGUUUAGGGUAUUAGAAAUUUUUAGCUGGGGGGAAAAAAACAACCAUUCUUAUGAAGGAGAUGAGUUCUCUCCUGAGUGUGUCGUAAUAUAGAUUGGUGUCUUUGGGGAAUGGCCACAAUUUUAAAGAUCUAAUUAUGCAUAAUAAAAUGGGAAUUAUUGGAAUUUCACAGUAACAGAUUUAAAGUCUUAAAUUGUGUAUCUCCUUUAUUGUAAUGUAUUGAAAUUUUUAGAGAAACUUUAGUUGUUAACAUUUUUUUAAGUGCCAAUGUCAGAAUAUAACAAAUUAUAGUUUCUUACGAACGACAGGCCUACGGUUAUUAUUUUGGAUUCUUUGAUGAAGGACAAAUUUAUCUACUGGUUACCUGUACGUGUUAGUCAAGUUGUGAAAAUAAGGUGGACUACAGAAGAUGUGAAGAAAAUUUUAGCCUGUAGACUCAGUUACUUUCUAUCAUUUACUAUUAAUCUCACUUGAAUGUGGAUUAGAUACCAUUAUAAAUUAAUUCAAGUCCGAGUCUUAGAUUAGGUAAUUGGUGCCAGAGAGGUAUUUAACAAAAUUUCCUACCUAAAUCUAUGUAAUAUGUGCUGCUUAAAAAAAUAAUUUAUAAGAAAAAAGAAAGUUUGGGAGUAAAUGAAGAUCAUUAAAAAUUCCCAAAGGCUAGCACUUGGAUUCUAACAAAUAUUCCAUUUUAUUCAUUAGUUCUGUAAUAUUUAAUUUUAUACUCUUUUAUUUUUUUUAAUUGGCAAAUCAUAAGCCAGCGCUAUAACAGUAUCAAAUAGAGAAUUUCAUAGAAAGCUUCAACCUGAGCUCUGUUACAAAGCCUGGAGAACGCUAAGCUCAGAACAUAAUUUGCUGAUGUAUAGUUAUCUUUUCUAUAGUAGGAAUUUAUGUCCUGUGCCAGAGGUGAGAGCCUGUCUGGUACUUAUUUUGAGACCAAGCAUAAAAAGAUAGUUGUGGAGGGUACACCAUGGCAGUGGCUGGCUGAGGGACACUCAGCCCAAGCUUAGCCUGAUUUCAUUUUCCUCACACCUACUUUCAAAAUAUUUAGGUAUUUGAAGCCUUAGUCCCACCUAGUAACUGUUUUUGGCUUGCUUGCUUUUUUUUUUUUUUUUUUUUUUUUUUUUUUUGGGCUUUUUUUU